UCAGUCGGUGGGGGUCUUACUUGCUGAUAGACUGCAAGCUAUUCUAGAUUCAAAUAUAAAAAAAAUAGAUGAAAGUACUGGCUUGAAAUAGUAAAUUUAUAAAGAAUUAUAAAAAAAAAGAAUAUUAACGUUUUUUUUUGGAGAGUGAUAAGGGGAUCUUAUUUCUUCGUAAUUUAAAAAAAGAAGGAAGUGAUGUUGUCAAAACCUAUUUUGUUUUUGUUAUGUGCCAGGCUGGUGCAAUCUGUGGUUCUAAAUACGACAUGUCCAGAAGUGGAACCGAGGAAGUUGGAUUGGAAAGAACUCGACGGAAAAUGGUACAUAGCUGCCAUGGCAGCCGACCACUUCAACAUAGAGGGCGCCUGUGUCACACUCGUGUUCAACCACAGCAACUACACUGAUGUGUCAGUGAGCUGGACCGAGAACAACAUGACAGACUUCUACAACGGCACUGUGGCUAUCAACAGUGACCCUAACAGCAACAGCAGUGGAGACUUGUUGAUGAUUACAUAUUCAGAUGGUAAAGCGGAGACAUAUAAAUUCCUCGACGUAGACUAUCAGCAUUACGCGGUGAUGUUCUCGUGUGAAGAUGGUGAUGACGGCAACAGUAGUGUAUAUGAAAUAUGGAAAAUGAUCCGCUCCCCUAUAAUGAAAGCGAGUGACGCUGUCAAAAUAAACGAAGCGAUCGCCAACUACAAUCUACAAGACACGAUCUUCACAACAUUCAACAAUAGCGAAGAGAUAUGCAGCGAGUCGUCAAGUGGAAACCAACUUCUAGAUUCUUCCACGUUGGUCUUGACGUCCGCUGCUGCGUAUGCGCUAUUUAGACGAUUGUAUUAAUUUAUCUCUCUUUCAUUGUGAUCAUGUAGUCGCACUAUAAUGAUUUAAAUUACCUUAUCAUAACCAUCGACGACUUUCGUGGCGUAUUGAUCACCACCACUUGGGACAAUAUUUGUACUUGUGAUUACAGAGUCUGCAGUUCUGGGUGUGUUGUACCCGUUUCUGUUAUGUACACGAUACAAGCUUGGUGUGGGCCGUUGAGUGUUGUCCUUUUAUUUAUUUAUCAAGUUAUGCUCCGAUGACGUAACAUCGUUCUAGCGCAAAAAGGUUUAAAACAAACAGUCGCAAAUUUUGCAUUGUGAAAAUAUUGUUUUCACUCAUUGUCAGCGAAGUCUCUUUCGUCAUGUUCGAUACUUCCAUAUGAAAUUGCAUGAAGCUUUAUACCAAGUAAUCAUAUGAAUUUUCGCGCGAUAGUGUGGCUACAGCAUUAGGAUUUAUUUAAUUUUCUUAGCGCCUUUCCGGUUUUAUCCUCAGCCAAGUGAUAUCAGAACGCAGCCCUUUUUCUACUAUUUAACUUGAUUGUAUUAAUAUCUAUAACAUAAUAUUUUCAUGUAAAAAUAGUUUAAUGUAAGAUUUAUUUAAUUUAUUUUAGAGUAGGAUUUUGACUUUCUUUGCGUCUACAUUUCAUUGAAGGUCCAAAAUAUCUAUAAAAUAGCUUUUAUAGGUCGCAAAGGAGCAACUAUGUCGUUAUAAUAAUAUAAUGAGGAAAAAGUGGUUUUCAGAUUCAAUUUGUUUCAUUAACUACGUACUAGUAAUGCCAUCUAUAAAAUUUUCCUUGACCUAUUUAAGUUGAGGUUCGUUUUCACCGUUGUUCGCAAGUUUUAUGCCAGCUAUCAUACUCGGCAAACAGUUCGCCAAACUUUGGCGAUUUCGACGUACAUGGCUGGUUGUUUAUUGCGAUAGAAAAAAGCUCUCGUGCAAACUAUGUAAUGUUUGUGCAUUCGCGUCGGUAUCUGUUCGAGUUCGGCGAUGCUGUGUAGACGGAAAUAACUUCUCUUGCUGUAUUAUUAAUAAAGAAGUGCUUUCUCUGAUACCUAGAUGAUGUUGUCACAAAGAUGUAAAAUAAAUGGAUUUUAAAGA